CCGACGUCCCGCUACAGCGCCGCGCCCUCUUCUUCCAGCUCCGGUUCCAAGGCCAACUCUCGGGGCAGUGACAGCCGCACAACCGCCCGUUGGUCACCACCCAAACUCCACUCGCCACCGGCGCCCACCACCAUGGUGGCGCACGCGCUGCUCACCGUGCCGCACGCGACCGCCGGCCCGCGACUGGCCGCACCGCUUUUCACCCCGGCGGCGACCUCGCCGAGCCUCUGCCGCGCGAACUGCCGGUCCGGCUCCCUCACCAACCAGCAGCAACGGCUGCGCCACCUUCACCCUGCCGCUGCGGCCACCAAGCCCGGAGCCAUAGGGAGCGCCGCGGAGGCUGCUGCAGCGCCGGCGGAGGGGCUCGUGAGGUCGCUGCAGGGGGUGGAGGUGUUCGACCUGAGCGGGAAGGCGGUGCGCGUCGCUGAUCUAUGGAAGGACAGGAAGGCUGUGGUUGCGUUCGCCCGCCAUUUCGGGUGUGUGCUCUGCCGGAAGAGGGCUGACCUUCUGGCGGCUAAGCAGGAGGCAAUGGAAGCUGCAGGAGUUUCUCUUGUUUUAAUCGGACCAGGUACUGUUGAACAGGCAAAGGCGUUUUCUGAUCAAACGAAAUUCAAAGGAGAAGUAUAUGCCGAUCCAGAUUACUCAUCAUAUAAGGCUCUGGAAUUUGCCAAUGGCUUAUUCUCAACAUUUACUCCAUCGGCGGGUCUGAAGAUUAUACAACUGUACAGGGAAGGAUACAGGCAGGACUGGGAACUGUCAUUUGAAAAGAACACCAGGACAAAAGGCGGAUGGUAUCAAGGGGGGCUCCUUGUUGCAGGCCCAGGCAUCGACAACAUCUCCUACAUCCACAAGGACAAAGAAGCUGGAGAUGACCCUGAAAUGGAGGAUGUUUUGAGAGCUUGUUGUUCCUAGAUCUUUAGUAUUGCUUUGAUCUCGAAAAUAAGAGUAGAACUCCUUUAGUAUCCCCACUAUCAAAUGUUCUCGUGUAUAGUCGUACUAGUCAGUGCAUAGAUCAUGAGUCCAGCAACACUUGUCCAGCGCCGGUGAAAACAAGAUAUGUUCAUAUGAACUAGGGAGCAUAGCGCGUGCGAUGCUUUGGUUGUGUUUGUAUAAAGCCUAGUAAACCUACUGCAUUAGCUUAUAAAAAUAUGAUGUUCAUUGCA